UUGUGUUGUCAAUAGUAGCCGCUGCUGAUGCUGCUCAAGGAUUGGUUGCGUUUCGAAGGGAUGCUAGUGCGAAUUAAAACCCCAAAAGUAACAAUUAGUGCGUCAAUGAAAUUGGUGGUGCCAGAUUCAGCAACGUUUGUGAACUAUUGAGUAGAAAAUGUGCAAUUGUUACGUCCAUCGUAGAAUAAACAUGACAAAAGAGAAGAAAAUGGUUCGCGAUUUUGAAGUUGAAGCCAAAUAUUUGCAAACUAGCAACAUUGACAAAUAACAUUGAAACAAAAACGAAAGUGAAAAAUGAAGAAAGAGUGUGAGGAAUGAACAAAAAUAUUGAUCCAAUACAAACUUGCUAGAAAAAUUAACAUAUGUUAACAAGCUCUGAAGAAUUGGGUCAAAAAGAUCUCUUAGUCUCAAACCAAUAAUAUACUUCUCAUGCUCAAUCGUUAGUGCCUAGUCAGAGCGAAUUUUAAAAUGUACUUCUUGGAUCAUUUUUAUUUGGUUUAAAAAUAUGACAUAAAUUUUUUCAAUAGCUCUUCAUUUUGCUAACUGAUCGAUGGGCUGAGUUUGAAUCGAAUUGAUCUUGAUUGAGAUGAACACGGAAAAAAUGCAUGUUCGAAAUUGAAUGAUUGAGUAGUUAUGUUGUUUCAGAUAAGUAGUUAUGUUAUUUCCACUGAAUCAUGUUUUGAUGCGAUUUUGCUCGGUUGCUUAGUAACUUGUGGACUUGUUAUCAAGUGUUCAUUUUAUUGUCGAAAAGAAGAACGCAUGUUAUCCUCCGGUAGUUUUUCAUUCGUAGCAGGCGUGCGUUUCAGUAAAUAUUAUCCAGUUCGUCGCUUGUAGUUAGAAGUAUUUGAAGUCUUUUUAUGUCGAUUUGAUUAUAAUUAGCUAACACAAAAGACAUAGUUUCGUAAAUGGUUGUCAGUACUGUGUUGAUGUUUUUAAUAAGAAUUGGCCUAACAUCUCAUUUUAGGAGCUCAAGAAUAAUUGUCAUUUCGAAUAUGAAUUUUGCUAUCCUUAACGGUUUUUAGUGAAGGACGUUUUGUUUACAAACGAAUUUCCGACACCUUCACCACGUAGGAAUGAACAAAAUCUUACUGAACUGGUUUGCAUCUGAUUACGAAUUUCGAAACCAUGCGCAGUCCAAUGCGGUUUUCCCAUAUCAGAUGUCACUUCAAACCAAACCGGUGUGUCAUUUGAUUCGUUUUUCGAUCGACACGUGGUCACGGGUACUUUCCUUUCUAAAACGAAAUGUUUUGCAAGCCUGUCGUACUUUGCUCAAUUUCGAGAGAGAGAGAGAGAGAGAGAGAAGUUAAAUCGAAAGAGAUUCCUAUUGAAUCGGUGCGGAUGUCUUCAAGGUAAACCUAUUGCCAACCACCGUUUUGUACGAAACCUUGUCGUCUUGCCAUUUCGAAAUGAACUAUCCGAGCAAGGAUUUGCGGUGCUUUGAGACGACAAUAGCGGCUGUAGAAAUUUCACCAACUACAUAGCGAGUCAAUCGGAACAGUAACUCAAAUAUGUUAGAAUAGAUCCAUAACUUAUUCGUCAUACCUAAUAGUUAUGUUGUAUAACUUCAGAUUGCAUUACUUUGGUAAAACAAUUACCAAUCCUACCUAACGUAAAAAUUUGAUUCCAUUUAUUCAUAUUUCAAUAUUGUAAGUCGCUCAAAUCUGUUAUUAAUGAGUUAGGAGUUAGUUUAGUUAGUUAGAAAGUUUCAAAAUUUUUACAAUGUUUCAACAUAAGCCAUCAUCACACUUGUCAGAAAGCUUGGGUUGCUUAGAUCCAGUAUGAUGUGUUCAGAAUGCUAUACUCUAUAAGCGGUUUUGAAAUUUUUCUCAGCUAUUCUUUUUUCACUAACAAAAAAAAAGCAGACUUAAACAUAGAAAAAAAAGCAACAAUCGUUUCUUGUUUUCGUUUGAUUGUUUUCAUAGAAGUUCGUUCUAUAUUCGUUCCAUUUGGGGCUAAGAAUCAGGACAGAAGUAUUUCACCAAAAGCCAUAAUUUCGUUGAUUUUCCCUGGAUCAUACCUUCAUUUUUUUGUUGAAAUUUAACGCUAUAAGUAAUAGAAGAAGUCCGCUCAAACUCGGUUUAGUAAAUUUUGAUAUGCAGGAAGAGUGUAUCUUAGCUUGAACUUUAUAGAUGAAAAUAGUUUAUAGUUUAGUACCACACUCAACCUGACAAACGAUCCGCUUUGAAUUCAGGGAACUAAAUUCCGAUGCGAAGUCUUAACCUUCUGUUUCAAAAUACCACACAUCCUUGGAAUAUUCUGAAUUUAAGAAAUUUUUUUCUUAAACAAAGAAAACCUAGAGUUUCCUGGAAACUGGAAUGUUCUUCCCUAAGGUUAAAUUUUCAGAAACUUUUUAUUUCGGUUGCUUUGCUCGAUUCUUAUAAAUAGUAACUUCGGGAGGAGUAGGUAAUAGGAGCUUUUUUGGUCAAAUUUACAAGAUAAAGUUUGAGUGAAGCAAUAUAAGGGCAUUACAUUUUUCUGUGGAAAUCUACUUUUGCAAUGGACUUCACAGAUGCUACGAUCAUACUGACACUAAGAAUCUUUCCAGAUAGGAAAUUAAAACAUAUGACACGUGAUUAGCGAGACUGGCACCUUAUUAUCUGAACCACCAACCCAAGACUGUUAAGCAUUUGUCAAGCGUGAAAUUGAGAGCAAAGAAGGGUAAGCAUCCACAGCUACGAAGCUUCGGCAUUAAAAGGAGAAACAUAAGUACACAACUAAAUCACACACACACACCCACCGAUUGACGGGGGAGCAACAGACAAGCGAGCACUGACUGAGUAAAACGAAGCAAAUCGGUGUUUGAGCAAUUUUCGAAACAAAAAUGUAUUCUUCUACGAUGGCGGUAUGGAGCUUGCUUGGAUAUCUGGCGGUCCUGGCGGGCACUUCCUGGGCGGCGUAUGAAAGACCACCGUAUGUGUUGCCGUGCCGACGGAAUGAUCCGGAAAUCAACAAGUGCAUCAAGAACUCGUUCAACCACAUCCGCCCGUACAUCGCGGCUGGAUUGGCCGAGCUACGUACACCCCCGCUGGAACCGCUGCGAAUCGAAGAACUGGCCAUGGAAAACAAUGCCGGAGCGGUGCGCAUCAAGGCCCUGUUUACCGACAUCGUUGCCAGUGGAGCCGGAAACUACACCAUCAAGGAUGUGCGCAGUGACGUGAAAAAACUGCGGAUCGAUAUGAGCCUGGGAAUUCCCAGAGUUGAGACCCGCGGAAAGUAUGAAAUCAUCGGCAAUGUACUGCUACUGCCCGUUCGCUCUAAUGGUGAAUUCUGGACCGAAUUCACCGACAUCAGUGCCAUCGCCAAAAUCUACGGCAAACCGGUUGAACGUGACGGCGAAACAUUCAUGAGCAUCGAAAAGAUGGUUGUUGAUUUCACGAUGAAGAAUGCACGCUUCAAGGUCAAGGAUCAUGUCAACACUCAGAAUGUUCUAGGAGAGGCCAUCAAUCAAUUCCUGAACCAAAACGCUAACGAGCUGGUCCAGGAGAUGAGACCGGCUGCCUCUCAGAGUAUCGCCAAACUGUUCCGCAAGUUCCUGAACGACGCUUUCAGUAACAUCCCAAUGCGGCUGUGGCUGUUGGACGACUAGAGACACGGAUCUACUUUUGGUUUUCGUUGGAAAACCGGUGGUCAUCGGAUGUGUGUGCGUGCGUAUGUAUGUGUGCAAAUGCAGUCACAGUAUAGUGAUAAGCGCUUCUACCUAGCCGCUAAGUGAUAUGUUAGUUUGUAAGACUUGAUCUUUCGACCACAAUAGGGCAAUUUUCAGAGGAUCUAAGGAUGAUGAAAGGGAAGAGUCAUCGAAUUUCAACAACCUAGAAAGGGCCAAGCUAGCACAAGUUAUUAUUUAUUGAAAGUGUAGUGCUAUUGUGAAGAUCUUUUUUGUAAGUAUUGCAAAUCUGCGUUUUUCGAUUUCAGGAAUCUCUCUGCGAUGAAAACGAGAGUUUGACUGGUGCGAAAACAAAGAAACAGAAACGUACAAAAAGUCAGAACGCGAGUAAUGAUCGUCUAGAGUGUAAGAUGCAUGUAAUUGUAAAUACGAAUAAAGUAUUGUACCGUGUAAUUGUAAAAAUUCUCGAUAGUUGUGGUCAAUUUGUAGAAAUGUUUAUAAAUAAAGGAUCGAAAGCGA